AUGCAUCAAUGGAACCACGUUUCUGGAUAUUUGCUUUGCUGCGGUCCAAGUUUACCUUCAUCUUUCAGCUGUCAGGACGCUGGACAGUUGCCCUCAGCAUCCUGUAUCAGGCAUCAGCUGUGCCUUUUUUCCAAGAUGGGCUGCUUCCGAUCCGAUAUUCUUCUCGUCUGCCAGACUGACAUUGAGUCGGUCAGGCUUCCUGCCACGGUUGAAUCGGCUGAGGAGAGUUUCUGCCACCUGAAGGAUCUGGCUAGUGUUGCCAAGGAACAGUUGUCCAAAGGUUGGACUGGUCUGUCUAAGGGUCUUCAAAUCUCGCCUGACUCGACCGAUCUCUGCCCAAACACUUUAGUGCCGUCACGCCUGAGUGCCGCCGCCAGAAAUGUUGGGAUGCCAGACAGCAUUGAGCAGCUUGGGGACUGGAAACCGCUACUCAGGAAGUUGCCACAUAGCCCAGUGCCGGAUCUCCAGUUUGCUCGGGUUAUUCACGAUCCAUAUCUUAGAGCCCUGCCUCGGUCAGCCCUUUUAAUGGAUACCUACUCCUCGAAUUCCCACUUCAACAAGGGUCCAUUUAUUCGGAUUAUGCUCUUGUACAAACGCACUGCAGUCCAAGUGCACAACACCUCAAACCAAACUGCUCAAGUCUCGUCGAUGAUCUCGCAGCAUUCCAGACUGACCAAUUCGACCAAAAUUCAUCGGCUUCUGUUUACCCGUCAAACUCACCGAGCUGGCACGCAGGCCCAAAUGAAGCCGACUCAGUCUGCAAAAAGGAGGACUUCCGACAAGAGAGUUGAGAAUGAACGAGUCGCUGAGGAGGCCGAAGAAGACCAAGAGAGAGUGAAUGAACGCGACGAGAACCCUGAAGGCCCCGGAGUCGACCAAUCAUGGCCAAUCAUUCUGCCGGAGAAGAUAACAUGUAAAGUGCCUUAUUUCCCUUUUUGUUGCCUUAUUCGGUCUGUUGUUACCACGCCAUUCAACGCACGACGACAAAUACACACAAACCAAUGCAGAUCCAGCUGA